AUGCAGUUUUGGACGCCAUGGCAGUUAUGGCAGAAGAUGACCUUUGUCAACUUAUCACCUAGGCACCAUCCCGUUUCGCUGACAAUAAAGGUGAUUGUGUUUGCCUACUCUUUUUGCGUUCUCGCCCACAAUAAGCGAAAAAUCAGAAGGUAUGCCGCAGCUGAAGCAGCCCAGAGAGAACAGGAGGAGCUCGAGGGGAUUUCGCAUCGACCUAAAGACAACGACAUACCGUUUGGAGCAAGAGCCCUGGAGAAAGGAAUACAGGUUGAAGGCAUCUGGGUUUCAAACCACAACACACCUGCGCCUAGCCCGUAUCAGCCUGGGACUCCACAGGAAUCCCAGCCGCUCACGCCAUAUGAUCCUGGAGCAUUGGAGGCCCAGUCCGGUAGCAGUCAAAGCGUGGUAGAGAAACCUGCUAUAGCUGCUUUGAACCGCCGAGGAGUCUUGAAUCAACAACGCACAAGGCUGAGGCAGCUUGAUCAGGUUGAUCAGAUCAGCACGGAUGCCCGCCUCAAUAGAAACGAGAUCGAUUAUUCCCCUGGUACGAAUACCAUCACGCGAUGUCAGACAAAUAUGGAAGGAUCUUCACGCCAGGGACUAGCAGAGCCAGCCGAUUACUUCGGGUACAGACCCCAUACCAUGUCUUGAUGCAUCAUCCAAAUGUCGCCACAGCGCAAAAGGAACCGGUACCAGGUUUGUGGUAUUCAUCAUGACUGAACCUGGCAUCAAAGAAACUGAACAAAAUCUUGUCUCAGCCCCGCAACUACAACUAGAUUGUUCUCGGGACAUUGAAAAGUAAUGAAAAUUUGGAUCAGUGGAAGGAUGGAUAUGCAGCGAGGUCUGCAAGAAGAGCACCAUUGAAUUGCUGCUGUUUGGGUAUAUCAAGUGUCCAGUAGAUCGUCGAGGGCGCCCAGAUUUUAGCCUUAUGCAACCAGCGUGGGCUGCAUUACCAAGAAACGAGACGGUUGCCUUUGGACCACUUGGAAAUAGCUCCAUACAUAGUUAUCAACCCAAAAUAAAAGUCUGUGCUUAUCAGAGACAAUUUCUUGUCCCGAUGCUCGCUGCUGUUAU